GCUGGCUACACUAGUUUUGGCGCGAAAUUCCUGUGACUUUGACAGUUAUGUUUGACUUUUGACAAUUUGCAGCAGAUGUUUUCGUCUUGUUUCCGUUUUAUGAUGUUUUUCAGUGUUUUCUUUACUUAGUUUUACAAUGUUUAGAUGAUAAUUUAUAUAUUUAGGCUAAAAUGUUCAUAGAAGAUCUCAGGAAUGAUUUUUAUAAUGUUUUAUUAGGAAACCGAGUGUUACUUCUUGUUCAUUACGACGUAGACGCAAUAUGCACUUGUAAAAUACUCCAAGGAUUGUUUAAAUGUGAUAACAUAUCGUAUACUCUCGUGCCUGUUGGUGGUGUAGCAGAGUUGAAAACUGCAUAUGAAGAGAACAACGAAGAAAUUAAAUACGUUGUACUUGUGAAUUGUGGCGGGACCAUAGAUCUUGUGGAUAUACUUCAGCCUGAAGAGGAUGUAGUGUUUUUUGUAUUAGACUCUCAUAAGCCAACAGAUAUUUGUAAUGUAUAUAGUGAUGGUCAGGUUAGAUUAGUAUACAAAGACAUUGAAGAAAACAUUCCCAAUUUUGAUGAUAUUUUUAGAGAAGAUGAAGAUGAGGAGGAGGAGAAACAUGAAAGUGGAAUGGAAGCACUGGAGGCAGCAGUAGAGCGCAGACGUGAACAUCGAGCGUGGGAGGAACGGCGGCAUACACUCAUGUUCAAUUACACACAGUUUUCUUACUAUGGGAAACCGAGUGCGUGCGUGGCGCUAGAGCUGUCGUGGUUGGUGUCGCGAUGUGGAUGGGUGGCGUUGUGGGCGGGCAGCGUGGCAGCCGCUAGUCACGUGGCGUUGUGUGCACGUACUCCUGCUCAGUGCCUGCUGGAUACCGACGCGUUGCAUCGACGCGUCGCUAGCACUCAACACGCCAACAACGACACCUCUUGUCGCGUGGUCCUGGAAAAAGACGCGUGGUUACCGCUAUACCGGUGGUGGUCGCUGGAGGCGGCGCUGCGCCACGCGCCUGUGAUCGCUCCGCAUAUGCGGCUACACACUCACGCGGGAGCCGCCACGCUUCGACAGUUGCUUGCUGACAUGGGGUUUCCCCUGCAGCAGGCGCGUCAGUCGUACCGCUCUAUGGACGUGGAGCUGCGUCACAGUGUACUGAGCUCGCUAGAGUCAUGUGCUCCGCGUCAUCGGUUGCCGGUGCCGUCACAAGCGGCCUUCCUGCUACAGAGGCCUCACGCGCCGCCGCAGUCUGCACAUGAUAUGGUCUACGCCAUACUGGCACUCAUAGAACAUGUGAGUCAAUAAAUUAAAGUUCAGGCCCUGAUCUAUUAUUUUUUUUAAGCACGGCAGAAACUUCGUGUCGCGCCCUUCCUCUACCCUCGUCCCGUAGGUAUUUUAUAAAGUACAUUUUGGUGCCCCCCUGACACUGGCGGCCGGGGCAAGGCACCCCUUCUUGCCCCUGUCUAGAUCCGGGCCUGGUAACGUUUAAGGUGCGAAUCUGUGGGUCACGGCAGAAGAAAGCAGCAAAUGGCGUUGGGAUGUGUCGCAACGGAGGACAGCAUUACUUCGCAGAAUUAA